AAAGUCAAUAUUUAAGUUCAGUUAAAUGCUUCAAAGUCUAAUCCGGUCGGUGAAUAACAGAGUACGUGAAAACGUACCUAAUCUACCUAGUCAGAUACAUGCACGUGGUAAUUAUUUCCCGUCGAGAACGUAAAACGCUAUAACUUUUAAAGCAGCCUCCCGACGAUAUAACCUUUCAACUCAUUCAUGGCUGCAUAAUUCAAGAUAUAUUGGUCCAGACGGUAUCCAGCAUUUCGCAAUGGGGAUUAAAGGGAUAUAUAAAGAAAUUGGUCCCGGCAAGCGAAUAUCUCUUACAAAACUAGCCGUUGAGACGCUCGAAGAGACUGGCCGACCCCUACGCAUAGCCAUAGAUAUUGCCAUAUGGCAAUUCCAAACCCAAGCUGCCCGAGGCGGUUCUAAUCCGGCUAUCCGAAUCCUUUUCUAUCGGCUGCUUCGUUUGCUUAGCUUAUCUAUACAGCCCAUUUUCGUUUUCGAUGGCCCUAGAAAGCCCGUUUUCAAACGAAAUAAGCGCUCUGGUCGUGGGGAUGGAGUCGCUACGUCGAUGGCCAAGCGAAUGAUUAAAUUGUUCGGUUUUCAAAUCCAUGAUGCUCCCGGAGAAGCGGAAGCCGAGUGUGCGCUAUUACAGCAAACCGGUAUCGUCGACGCCGUACUCAGCGAAGAUGUCGACACCAUCAUGUUCGGGUGCACGCGGACACUAAGAAAUUGGUCGUCCGAAGGUACGAGGGGAAGCAAAACCCCUACUCACGUCUCCAUGUACGACACCCAGGAGUUGUUAGAAAGCGGCGCCGGUCUAGAUCGGGAGGGGAUGGUUCUGGUUGCGCUCAUGAGCGGUGGCGAUUAUCUCCCUGAAGGAAUUCCCGGGGCUGGCGUGAAAGUAGCCUGCGAAGCUGCCAGAGCAGGGUUCGGUAAAGCUCUAUGUAGACUGAAAAAGUCAGAUACAUCGGAGUUGGCCAGCUGGAAAGAAUGGUUGACUUACGAGUUACGGCACAACGAGAGCGGCUUCUUCAAGACGAGGCAUAAAGCUUUAUCCAUACCUGAGAGCUUUCCAAAUAUGGAAGUUCUUAGAUAUUAUACUCAUCCCGUGGUAUCACCGGCUUCGACUCUCGAUAAAUUAAGGCAACAGCAAUGGGAUCAACCAGUUGACGUCCAAGGAUUACGAGAAUUCGUCAGAGAGACGUUCGACUGGAGUUACCGAAUAGGGGCCAUCAAAUUUAUCAGGGUUUUAGCACCAGGCUUGCUGGUGCGAAAAUUAAUAACACGAAGCACCGACAGCGGUACAGAGUCCGAAUCCAUUGAAGUCCUAGAAAAACAGGAAUCAGAAUUAGCCAGAUCGAUCACAAGCAGACGUGCUCACUUCAGCACGGACAGCACCCCGGAAUUACGUAUAUCUUUCAUACCAACGAAAAUCGUCGGUUAUGAUUUCCAAGAGGAGCCAGAUGAGGUUAUAGACUAUGGGCGAGAUGGUCUAGCACUCAAUAGCGACGACGAGUUUGAAGCCGCGGCAGAAGAAGAGGGAACCGGAGCAGUCGGGAAAAGCAGUAAGAAGCCAUUCAAUCCAACCGAACCAGACCUAGUAUGGUUACCGGAAACGAUAGCGAAGCUUGGAAUACCUAUCACGGUUGAGGAUUGGGAAGAAGCGCAACGUGCAAAAUUAGCACCUCGUCAAAAGACCAAGACCACAAAGCAAAAGAAUAAAUCUGCGGAUACAACAGCUGGGAUGUUAGACAAGUUCGUUAAAGUCACCAAGAAUAUUCCAAGAAAAACAGAAGCCAGUAAGAAUGAGCGACCAAUAUCUCCUAUUUCUUCGUUACUUAUUCAUGUUGGAAAUUCACCCGGUGUCUCAGGGUCACCUUCACGGAGUUUAGCUCCUCUUGCUCCUGUUGACCGAAUACCCCAAAAAGCACAACCUACGAGAUCCAGUAAGCAGCCUAAGCCCAAGCCCACAACCAGAAAUGCACCAUCAGUAUCAAAGCCAGACGCGAGCACCAACCCCUGGACAAUUGCCAGCUCACACGCCAAUCCCAGGGUUGCCAAGCCCAAGCUUACAAAAACUUCCGAGGCGAUUAUUAUACUCUCUAGUCCCCCCGCGUCGCCUCCUCCGUGCCAUGAUUCCAUGACACAAGCUCCAGACAGUCGCGUUGCUAGAAACAGCCCCCCCACAUCUCUUUUUUCAACCCCAUGCAUUGAUACUCGAAAGCGGCGUUCUGUCACGCCGACAAGAACAGCAAGGACGGUCCGGGAAAGCGAAGAAGCAUCAGAACAUACCAGUGCGGUAAGGAGAGUUCUAAGUCCAUCACCAAAAUCGAGUGAGAAGCCCCGUCGCAAGCUAUCUAGGACGGAAUCAUUGCCUGUGGCACAAAGCCCGCGACAGCCUCCCGCAGGAAGUAAGAGUGGAGCACGAGCGUUCGUGCGGGCACGUACCGUAACAGUAGAGAUUCAGGCACUCUCAGACUCAGAAAAUGAGGAGGAGGAUGAUGAGUUUGAUCUCCCACCUCUUAGUACCGUUGUCGAUAAACUCCCUAGGGGAAACAAGUCCCCUCUUACGCGAAUGACAUUAGAAAAACAAACAGCUCGAGCCUCAGGGUCAAAGGAGGAAAGACAGCUACUAGGAAAGGAGAAAAGCAAACAAGCAACGCUAGACCAUGCUUUUAAUUCGACUAAAAGGAUGACCAAAGUGUACCUGCCCCAUAAGAGCGAACCUGGGUUCUUCAGAGAAGUUGAAGUCGCAGCCGACGAGGCCGACGACCUGAUUUUCAAGAUGAGAGCUGACACCACACGGGGAAGUACUGGUAGGGGAGCAUCGGCAUGGAGACGUAGUGAUAUCUCCUGCAUCGACUUAACCGGUGAGGAUUAAGAGAGAAGGCACUUCAGAUUACAUGGAUGAAGAACUAUCAACAUAAGUAUAAGUGCCUCCUGAUCAAAAUGAAGUUGCAUUUAAAGCUAUAAGGAGUGGUUGGUCUCGGCGUCAUUUGCAUAACAAAGCGCAUCCGCAUCUGGAUACCUUACACAUAAUACCAGGUAGAUAAUACAAUGUAAUAACAAUAAGAAUAUCAAAUGUUUCUGAUAGGGAGCUCAAUGCCUCAAUCCAGACAGAGUUAAGAAUAAUUUGAACAUUAGUCUAUUUCGGCGUCUGCCCACAGGCUACCUAAGGUAUAUUUCUCAUUCGCCGCUACCCUACCCUCUCUUUCAUCUACGCCUUACGUACCAUAGCGGCAGAACCUUGGAAUUUUAAACCAUUGGGAUGUAUUAUGAUCAUUGAUUAGAAGCUAAUGUUAAGUAAUGUUUAAUACUAAGUAUAUGCUUAAUGCUAAGCGUGUGCUUAAUGCUAAA